AUGGAUCGAAUUACUCACAAAUCUAUCAGGGACAUGUUCAAGUCGAGUAAGAGAAGAGAAUUAGUAACUUUGGCAAACAAGUCACAUUAUUUGUUUCAUAGGCAAUGGGCGGGCCGAUGUAUGAAUAGUGAAAUAGAUGACAUUCACGCUGCAAAAGGUGUUCCUUGUAGAGGAGAAGAAGAUGUAAAUGACAACCGAUGAAGCGUCAACCACCGGAACAGGCGGACAGCAGGAACCAGCCCGUCCAAGAUCUCUCAAGGUGUAGCAAAGAUGUUCAAAACGCUAUGCUCUUUGAUAAAGAUCAAAGAAUUAUUAUAGACAGUAAAUGUUACAGUAUUUCUAUAGAAAUAUACGUUGAAGUUCUAACAGCUCUCGUUCAAGGUAGGCAUAUUAAGUACGUGCCGAAGAUUUUGAAUAAUAAUAAUAAUAUAUUAUUUUUACAAGUUAGAAGUUAGUAAACAAUAUUAUUGGGAAAUACAAAACUAUAAAUAUUGGCGGCAGUGAACCGAAUAUGAGACCCUACGUUAGCAAACAGAGACUAUAGUAUUGUGUACACAGUGAUUCCAAAUUCAGUUAUAGAAGACGACCUCGUUAAUUUGAAUAUUAUAAGACGUUUCACAGAGUAAUUUCUUUUACGCCGACUUUGCAAAGGAUACUUUUAUGCAAACAUUAUGCUUUAGAAGGUAAUUAUACGUGCCUGAUGAAUCUGAAAAUAAAAUACCGGAUAUUAUUGUUGUUGAAAUUAACGGGGAAAGAAAUUGAUUUUUU